AUGAAAUACAGUGAAGAGACGACAUACAGUGAAGAGACGACAUACAGUGAAGAGACGACAUACAGUGAAGAGACGACAUACAGUAAAGAGACGACAUACAGUAAAGAGACGACAUACAGUGAAGAGACGACAUACAGUAAAGAGACGACAUACAGUAAAGAGACGACAUACAGUAAAGAGACGACAUACAGUAAAGAGACGACAUACAGUAAAGAGACGACAUACAGUAAAGAGACGACAUACAGUAAAGAGACGACAUACAGUAAAGAGACGACAUACAGUAAAGAGACGACAUACAGUAAAGAGACGACAUACAGUAAAGAGACGACAUACAGUAAAGAGACGACAUACAGUAAAGAGACGACAUACAGUAAAGAGACGACAUACAGUAAAGAGACGACAUACAGUAAAGAGACGACAUACAGUAAAGAGACGACAUACAGUAAAGAGACGACAUACAGUAAAGAGACGACAUACAGUAAAGAGACGACAUACAGUAAAGAGACGACAUACAGUAAAGAGACGACAUACAGUAAAGAGACGACAUACAGUAAAGAGACGACAUACAGUAAAGAGACGACAUACAGUAAAGAGACGACAUACAGUAAAGAGACGACAUACAGUAAAGAGACGACAUACAGUAAAGAGACGACAUACAGUAAAGAGACGACAUACAGUAAAGAGACGACAUACAGUAAAGAGACGACAUACAGUAAAGAGACGACAUACAGUAAAGAGACGACAUACAGUAAAGAGACGACAUACAGUAAAGAGACGACAUACAGUAAAGAGACGACAUACAGUAAAGAGACGACAUACAGUAAAGAGACGACAUACAGUAAAGAGACGACAUACAGUAAAGAGACGACAUACAGUAAAGAGACGACAUACAGUAAAGAGACGACAUACAGUAAAGAGACGACAUACAGUAAAGAGACGACAUACAGUAAAGAGACGACAUACAGUAAAGAGACGACAUACAGUAAAGAGACGACAUACAGUAAAGAGACGACAUACAGUAAAGAGACGACAUACAGUAAAGAGACGACAUACAGUAAAGAGACGACAUACAGUAAAGAGACGACAUACAGUAAAGAGACGACAUACAGUAAAGAGACGACAUACAGUAAAGAGACGACAUACAGUAAAGAGACGACAUACAGUAAAGAGACGACAUACAGUAAAGAGACGACAUACAGUAAAGAGACGACAUACAGUAAAGAGACGACAUACAGUAAAGAGACGACAUACAGUAAAGAGACGACAUACAGUAAAGAGACGACAUACAGUAAAGAGACGACAUACAGUAAAGAGACGACAUACAGUAAAGAGACGACAUACAGUAAAGAGACGACAUACAGUAAAGAGACGACAUACAGUAAAGAGACGACAUACAGUAAAGAGACGACAUACAGUAAAGAGACGACAUACAGUAAAGAGACGACAUACAGUAAAGAGACGACAUACAGUAAAGAGACGACAUACAGUAAAGAGACGACAUACAGUAAAGAGACGACAUACAGUAAAGAGACGACAUACAGUAAAGAGACGACAUACAGUAAAGAGACGACAUACAGUAAAGAGACGACAUACAGUAAAGAGACGACAUACAGUAAAGAGACGACAUACAGUAAAGAGACGACAUACAGUAAAGAGACGACAUACAGUAGCAUCUUUGGUGGUUACAGCAGGGAGCAGAAGGAAGAUGCAUGGUUAAAGAGGAGAGCUUGA